AUGAGCAGCGAGUUGGUUUUACAGCCAAUGUCUUUCUCCAGCAGCAUCCUGUUCUCCUCCAGCCGAUUGCAGCUCCAGCUCGCUCUUGGUGUGUGUGAGCUCAUAGCAGCGCUGUGUGAAAGCUUCGUUCACUGUGUCACUCUGAGCCUGCAGGUCCUCAGCAGUCUCCUGCAGCACGCGCUCACACAACACACACAGCGCCGCACUUGCCUCCUCCUCACGCUCAGCCUGAGCCACGUUACUGUUAUCCGUGGCGAUGGCGAACGGGAUCUCGGUGGCGCGCAGCGCUUUCUCCAGCCUCCGCUUCAGCGUCACGAGCCGCUCGGUGUCCGCCAGCAGACGCGCGAUGUGACUCUCCAGCUCCGACCUCAGGAAGUGGAUGUUCUGCAGGCGCUCGCCCAGACCCUCAGUAGAGCCUCAGUGCCCAUCAGGAAGAGGAGGCAGGUACAAACACGUAUAUUGAGUAACAGGGAUACAAUAACACGUGAUACUUCACAGACACUGGGCAGAGAUUCAGAGAUCUUUAACAAUGAUUAUUAUGUAACCUUUUCUCCCUACAGUGCAGAAGCAGGAAACGCCGGACUCAGAGUCCCAGAGGAAUUAGGGAUGAAGAGCGUGACGGUGUUGACUGCGGAAAUUGAAGAGACGUCUCUUAUGAUGAGGGUGAUGGUGUCGCUCCAGUUCAUUCUUCUCGCUUCUCUCCUCUUUCUAGUCGCAAUGACCGUUGUAGAAUCUCAGCAAACAGCGAAUCUGUGGUAUAAACGUUCCUCUAUCUGUGCACUAAAAGGCUCGACAGUGACAAUGGGCUUCACCUAUGUAUUCAAUCUGGAUAACGAACCACAAAGAGUUUACUGGGGCAAAGAUGAUGUGACGGGCUACAAGCUUCCUGAUCUGGCUUUAGAGCCCCAGUACAGCGACAGGGUUCAGUACGUCAGAGAAGGAACACAAGACUGGACCCUCAGUCUGAGCAAUGUGAUGGGAGAAGACCAAGGGACGUAUCACGCAGUGGUUGUAACGAUGUCUGGGAGGUUUCCCGGUAGCGGUGGAGUCAUCCUCACUGUCUCAGAUCUCUGGGUGGAGAGGAUUCGUGGUAGACUUGUCGAGGGAGAUGAAGUAACUCUCACAUGUAAAACCUCCUGCAAUCUGACUGAGACUCCACUGUUCAUAUGGAACAAAGAUGGAAGUUUUUUCUCCUCCUCUAACCCGCUGCAUCUGCUAUCGGUCAGUUGGCAGGAUGCAGGCAGCUACAGUUGUUCUGUACGGGGAAAAAGUUAUCUUUCCUCUGCUGUCAAUCUUAAUGUACAAUAUCCUCCAAAGAGAGUCUCAGUGUCCAUCAGUCCCUCUGGUGAUAUAGUGGAGGACAGUUCAGUGACUCUGACCUGCAGCAGUGAUGCUAACCCACCUGUACAGAGCUACACCUGGUACAAGGGAACAUCCUCUAUAAGUACAGGAAACACCUUCACCAUGAGCAGGAUCAGAUCUGAGGACAGUGGAGACUACAAGUGUAAGGGUGUAAAUCGAUACGGAGAACAAUAUUCGGAUGUUGUUACUCUAAAUGUUUUGUAUCCUCCAAAGAGAGUCUCAGUGUCCAUCAGUCCCUCUGGUGAGAUAGUGGAGGACAGUUCAGUGACUCUGACCUGCAGCAGUGAUGCUAACCCACCUGUACAUCGCUACACCUGGUUUAAGGGAACAUCCUCUAUAAGUAGAGGAAACACCUUCACCAUGAGCAGGAUCAGAUCUGAGGACAGUGGAGAGUACAAGUGCAAGUCCAGCAAUCCGUACGGAGAUAAAUACUCCAAUGGAGUGACUCUAAAUGUACUAAAACUUGCAAGAAAUGUGUCAGUGUCCAUCAGUCCCUCUGGUGAGAUAGUGGAGGGCAGUUCAGUGACGCUGACAUGCAGCAGUAAAGCUAAACCACCUGUGGAGUAUGCCUGGCUUAAAAAAACAUCAACUAUGGGAACCUCUAAAACCUACACCUUCACCAAGAUCAGAUCUGAGGACAGUGGAAAGUACACGUGCAAGUCCAAGAACCUAUACGGAGAGGAACUCUCAGAGGAACUGACUGUAAACGUUUUGUAUCCUCCUAAGAGCGCCUCGGUGUCCGUCAAUCCGACCGGUGGGAUAAUGGAGGGCAGUUCAGUGACACUGACCUGCAGCAGUGAUGCUAACCCACCUGUACAGAGCUACACCUGGUAUAAGGGAGAAGUCCCUUUGAUAACAGAGAAAACCUAUGCUAUUAGAAGCACCAGCUCUGAGGACAGUGGAGAGUAUAAGUGCAAGUCCAGUAAUCAGUAUGGGGAGAAAUUCUCAAAAGUUACUCUAAAUGUUUUGUACCCUCCUAAGAACGUCUCAGUGUCCAUCAGUGAGAUAGUGGAGGGCAGUUUAGUGACUCUGACCUGCAGCAGUGAUGCUAACCCACCUGUACAUCGCUACACCUGGUACAAGGUGAAUAAAAGCUCACCUGUAGGAUCUGGACAGAGUUACAGCUUCACACUGACCUCCAGCAGCAGUGGACAGUUUUACUGUGUGGCUCAGAAUAUAUAUGGGGGUCAGAGAGCACCUGUGGUGGGUCUCACUCUAAAUGCGUCACUGUCUUCAGGCCAGAAGUUCAGCUUCAAGGUUUUGUAUAUAGCUGUGUGUGUAGGAGUCGGAGUCGGAGUUGGAGUCGGAGCGGUUAUAGCCAGAUUUUUCUGCAUGAGGAGGAAGAGGCAGAAAAGAAAUGCGGUUAAUGAGGAUGUCCCUCGUGCUGACGAUAACACCUACGUGUCUCUUGAUCCCGUGACCAGGUCCUCCAACGACGUGUACAGCACAAUUUCAGAGCUUCGGCCCGGACGUCCCGAUGACACGUACGUGGCUCUGGAUCCUCACUCCGUCUCUGAUGAUUACAGCACGCUAACCGUUCUUCACUUCUGAUCAUGGAGCUUUAUCCUCUCCCACCGUACCCGGGCC